GGAUAAAUUAUUUAAUUAAGAAUUUCAUCUGUUUGAUAUGAUUGAUUUAGUUUAGAAAACAGGGUAAGAUAGCUGAGCCCAUGCUCAAUUUAGUCCAUGAAGAUAGAUGUUUGUUUCUGAAGCUCCCCCGUCUUUCUCAUAAACUCGUUACUCUUGUAUUGUUUUUAAAUCAAAACAUACAGUCAACUGCUGCAAUCACCAAUGGAUCCCUGCCCGUUCGUACGUUUGAUUGUCGAAUCUUUGGCUCUCAAGCUCCCACUCGCCGCCGCUAAACCUGCCGGUUCCGGGGUUCACCCAUCGGCCACUCCAUGUUUCUGCAAGCUAAAGAUCAAGAAUUUCCCUUCACAAACUGCUCUCUUACCUCUCUCCACCUCUCCCAAUGAUGCUCCACCCGAAUCUUCCACCUGCGCCUUGGGUUUCCACCUCGACGCUGCUGCCAUCCGCCGCCUCUCAGCCAAGCCCGUCACUCUUCGCGUCUCUGUCUACACGGGUCGCAAUGGCAGCACGUGCGGAGUCAAAUCCGGCAAGCAGCUAGGGCAUGUGCAUGUAAUUAUCGACCUUUCAGGAGCCGAAUCUAAGCCAAUUGUGUUCCGUAAUGGGUGGCUGAAACUGGGCAGUGAGCCCCAAAAGCCUUCCACCAGGCUUCACUUACUGGUCCGGUCUGAGCCAGACCCCCGGUUCGUCUUCCAGUUCGGCGGCGAACCAGAGUGUAGCCCUGUGGUCUUUCAGAUUCAAGGGAAUAACAACAUCAGGCAGCCUGUAUUCAGCUGCAAAUUCAGUUCUGACCGAAACUCAAGAUCCAGAUCUCUGCUAUCAGAUUACACCACCAAUGACACCAACAAUCGACGAUGGAUGAGAACAUUUUCCGGCGAAAGAGAGCGACAAGGAAGAGUGAGGGAGCGAAAAGGGUGGAUGAUAAUGAUACACGAUUUAUCGGGCUCUCCCGUGGCAGCCGCCUCAAUGAUAACUCCAUUUGUUCCUUCACCAGGAUCCGACCGUGUCUCCCGUUCAAACCACGGCGCAUGGCUGAUCCUCCGCCCUCACGGGUUCUCCGUAAGCAGUUGGAAACCCUGGGGCCGUCUCGAAGCGUGGCGUGAGAGAGGCCCCAUUGAUGGGUUAGGUUACAAGUUUGAGCUCGUUACAGAUGGUGGCCCCAGCAACGGAAUCUCCAUUGCUGAAGGGACGAUGAAUGUCAAAAUGGGAGGCCAGUUUUGCAUUGAUAGUAGAAUUAUAAGGGAUUCUUUGGGGAGUUUAAGGUCUCCGGUUAAAGGAUUCGUCAUGGGUUCAACUGUAGAAGGCGAAGGAAAGAUUAGCAAACCAGUGGUUCAAGUUGGGGUACAGCACGUCACUUGCAUGGCUGAUGCUGCAUUGUUUAUAGCUCUUUCGGCUGCCAUUGAUCUCAGCAUGGAUGCUUGCAGACUCUUCUCACAUAAACUUCGAAAAGAGCUUUGCCCAGAUGAACAAGAUGUCUUCUCUUAAAACUGAUUCUUUCAUGUGCAGUGAUAACCAGUUAUGAGUAAAGCACUAAUGGUUGGAGCAUAGAAGAUAUGUCUUCUGGAUUUUGGGAGAGACUCUUCCCCAUGAUCUUGGUCCUUUUAAGUUUGAUAUAUAAAUUCAUAAGUUUAUGGUAUGUACACACUUUUGGUAUGCAAUUAGGGAUACAGAUGAUGAAUCAUUAUAUGAUUGGAUAUUACUUAAUCUUUAAUUUAAAAUUAUCCAAUCAAAUAAUGACGUAUCAUUUAUGUAUUUAGAUUUUGAUUUUGAAAUUAGUUUUGGGUUUUGUCAGACGAUUAAUUUACAGAGGUUUUGCUCUUAUUACUCCACGUUUCUGAGUUUAUGCUAAGAAAUUGGAAGUUUAAACUGUACAGAAAAUCAAAGGAGAAUGUUUGCUGCAAUUUUUUAAUGAAAUUUUAAUUGGUUUAUUAUGUAUA